UAGCUUGGGAAUUAAUUUGUAGCACGAUGGGUGGGCGAUUUUGAAUCUCCCGCCUUGGCUGUGGACAUGUGGUUCCAAGCAGUUGCAAGAUGGCGGCCUCCAUGGAAGUCUUAACAGCUUCUCGUAGAGUUUUUGCGAUAUUUUCGAGAAAAUCUGUACCUGCUUUCGCGAAUUUUAGUGUCAUUUCAAGAAAGGAGCAUUCCGGUAGUACUUGCAAUGAUCAAGAUUACGAUAUCAUUGUUACGGGGGGCGGAAUGGUGGGAACAACUAUGGCCUGUGCUCUAGCCAAUAAUAGGCAACUGGAGUCGAAAAGGAUACUUCUUCUGGAAGGUGGGAAACCUCAUAGUUACGUACCACGGGAAAAGUAUUCAAAUCGAGUUGUUGCAUUAAAUCAACAAACUCGACUACUUCUAUCUAGUAUCGGAGCAUGGCAGCAUAUCGAAGCAGUGCGUUAUGCACCUGUUCGGAAGAUGCAGAUAUGGGAUGCUUGCUCCGAUGCAAUAAUAACAUUCAAUGAAGACCACCUUGCCGAAGAGCUGGCUUACAUAGUUGAAAAUGAUUUAUUACUUUAUGCAGUCAAUAAAGUAUUGGUCGAGAAACCGGUCCAGGUCAUUCACAAUGCCAGGGUUGAAAAUAUAUCGCUGCCCAAAGUUCAUGGCGAAUCUUCUAAGAUUGUACUACAGAGUGGAGAACAAUUCACAGCGAAACUGCUUAUCGGUGCAGAUGGUGUCUACUCCAGGGUACGAGAAGCAAUGGGAGUGCAGUACGUUAAGUGGGACUACGAUCAAAUGGGUAUCGUUGCAACUCUUAAAUUAUCAGAGCCUACGGAGAACAUAGUGGCGUGGCAGAGGUUUCUAUCUACUGGACCUGUGGCUUUGUUGCCUCUGACUGAUUCACUGAGUUCUCUUGUAUGGUCCGUUACAACAAACGAGGCAAAGAGGCUGCUGAAAUUACCCGAAGAAGAAUUUGUGGACGCUCUAAACAAUGCUCUGUGGAAGGUCCACCCUAAAAAUGGUAUCAUUGAAAGCGGUAUGAAAGCUUUGCAGCAAUUACUGGAAGGACUUUCUUUGCAAACUGGAAUAGCUAGACAAUUGCAACCUUCUGUAGCAAGUAUCGAGGAAGGAUCUCGUGCAGCAUUCCCUCUAGGAUUUGGACACUCCGUUUUUUACGCGAAACCUGGAGUCGUUUUAGUUGGCGAUGCCGCACACCGAGUUCAUCCUCUUGCUGGCCAAGGAGUAAACCUAGGUUUUGGAGAUAUCACAGUCUUAGUUCAAAUGCUGUCUGAAGCCGUAAGAUGUGGAUCUCUCCUUGCGGACAUAAUGUUUCUGACCAAGUAUGAAACCCAGCGCCAAAGGCACAAUGUUCCUACAAUGUUAGCUAUCGAUGCUCUUCACAGAUUGUAUAAAGGAACGGCCGCACCAGUCGUCCUUGCCAGAAGUUUAGGUUUACAGUUGACAAAUGCAUUACCUCCAUUGAAGAGAGCAAUUAUGGAACACGCAUCGGACCUGAAUGCACCUCGAUAGGUUUCAUGAAAAUAAUGGUAAUAUUUUUAAGUGCUGUUAAAAAUGGGUGAUACAUAAGAUAUCUGUACAAUAAAUGCGGAGUCUUUCAUAACGUAUAUUUGAUGUGUAAUCUUAUAAGAAAUUUUACACAUUGAUGUAAUAAUUAAUUGAGUGAUACUUUUAUAUAGUCUAGAUAUAUAAAUGUAUAUAAAAGAAAUUGUACCCAUA